AUGUCGCUGCCUUCGCUGCUGUCGUCCGCGUCGUCGCACUCGCGGCUGCGGGUUGUGCAGCGGGGGUUUCUCACGCGGCGCGGGGGGCGUCACGUGCCACGCGCCGCCGUCGCCGUGGAGUACCGCCCAGCAGAGCAGAAGAAAAUCGGCGACGGCAACUACCAGCGUGUGAUUGACGCGGAGUCCCUGCACGGCGACGAGCAGCGCUUUUGGGGGGCGCGGCGCGACUACUACACCAGGCGUGCACAGUACUUUCCCACGUGGGACCGCUUCGCGCAGGCGCUUAUUCUCAUGACGCGGCACGUGCCACGUGUGCCGCAGGAAAUGGCGUUUCGUCUUAUGGCGGUGUUUCUCAAGUUGAUGCUGCUCCCGCGGCUUGUGGUGAACGCCGAGUUGAUGCUGCCGUCGUGGGUCGCAGCGAACGCGGAGGGCCUCAUCACGCAGGCCGUUGGGGACGAAGAGGGGAGGGACGGCGGCGACGCGAAGAGGGCAAAUAACAAAGAGGAAACAGCGGGGGUGAAGAAGGAGACGCCAAAGAAGGGGUGA